ACGCCUCCCUGUGAGACGCCCCCUCACCCCGUCGCUAUGAAAGAAUAGAGGAAACCUAGGCGAGGCAGCCCUAGCUCAUCACCACCUUCUCCGCUUGUCACAAACCCUAGCUGUGGCUCGCCCGCCCAUCGGCCGUAACGAGGGCCUCGAAAUCGAUCGCUUCCGCCCCAUUCUCUCUCCGUUCCCGAGGAUUUUCAUGCCGUGAUCGCCUUUGCGGGGCGGUUCGGGCUCGGGAUCUGGAACCUGGCGAAAUGGCGUCCACGGAGGAGUUGGAGGAGCGGCUGCGGGACGUUGGGGACCGGCUCGCGUCUCCUCCAACUGACGUCGGCGAACUCCUUUCCCUGCUCGAUGAAACUGAAAGUCUUUUAUUGAGAAUUCAACAAUCACCAAGUCAGUCGAUGUUAGAUGCUCUUCGCCCUACAAUGAAUCUGAUGGUUGAGAAGAAGUUUUUGGAACACCCAGAUGAGGAUGUGAAAGUCAUAGUUGCUUCGUGUACGAGCGAAAUCACAAGAAUAACUGCGCCUAAUGCUCCAUAUGAUGAUGAUUUAAUGAAGGUGGUAUUCCAGAAGAUUGUUGAUGCAUUUGAUAAUUUGGAUGACACAUCCAGUCGCUCAUUCUCUAAGAGGGUUUCAAUUCUUGAAACCGUUGCAAAAGUUCAGUCAUGCAUCGUGAUGUUGGAUCUGGAAUGUGAUGCUAUGAUUUUAGAUAUGUUUCACAUUUUCCUGAGAACAAUACGGCCAAAUCAUAGUGAGAAUAUUUUUUGUUCAAUGGGAACGAUCAUGACAGUUAUAUUAGAGGAGAGUGAAGAAAUUUCCCCAGAGCUUCUCUCCUGCCUCCUGGAUUCGGUGAAAAAUGAUAACAAAGACAUCUUGCCCAUUGCUCGCAGGCUUGCAGAAAGAGUAAUUGCUGACUGUGCCUUGAAAUUGAAACCUUAUCUGGUUGAAUUAGCUAAAUCAAAAAAAGCCUUUUUAAGCAAGUAUAGCAGAGUUGUUGCUUCUGUAUGUCAAGAGUAUUCUGAUCAAGUGGAGCAAAAUGACAUGAAUUCUGCUGCUGAUGCUAUGGCAGAUGACAGUAAAUUAUCCAAGAAGACUGAAUCUUCUCAAAAGCGGAAGUCUGAACUCUCUGGUCAUGGUAACCAAAUGAAAAAUAAACGUGCAGCUAAUAGAGAUUGUUCUGCUAUCUUGGGGUUAAAGGCUGGAAGACUAGACGACACUUCGGGUCCUAAGAAUCCUGGAAAACCAGCUCAGGUUAGAGAACCUGAUCAAAGCAUUGUUGGCCUCAAAAUUAAAGUAUGGUGGCCGGAUGACAAAAGGUUUUAUGAUGGUACUGUUGAAGAUUAUGAUCGCACGACAAAGAAGCAUAAGAUUCUCUAUGAUGAUGGUGAUGUAGAGGUGUUGUUGCUGAAGAACGAACGUUGGGAUUUCAUUGGAGAUAAAAUAAGAACAUCUUAUUUUAUGGGGCAAACAAAAGAUGAUUUCAGUCCUGAUGCUUCUUCAGACAAAAGAGUGAAGAAACAUUCAAACCAUGUGGCAAGGGAAACCAAUGUGGGAACACCAGUAAAAAGUGGCACACAUUCCAGCAGUAUUGGCAGCACAGAAAUUCGUAAGCGGAAAGGUCGACCUCCUAAAGUGGCAAAUUCCAACCAUAGUCUGUUAUCCGGUGAUGACAGUCCAAACAUAUCAAGCAAAUCAAAAGAAAAGGCUCCAAACAAGCCAAAAGAUGAUGUAGCUAAAUCUGGCACCAAGCUCAAGAAGGAUGGUGAGAAGGCGAAGGAACACAAUGAAGAAACCCAUAAAUUGGAUAAAAAACCUAGGGAUAUGGCCAUUUUGGAAGCAACUGGUGAAUCAAAGACAAAUGGAGUUCCGGUGAAAGAAAAAUUGAAGGUUCAAGAAACAGGGGCAUCUUCCGCAAAGGUUUCAUCAAAAGAAGCAGAAAGUGAGGCAUCAGCUGCAAAGAAGCGAAAGAUCAUGGGCAAUAGUUAGGGAAUUGUAGGUUUAUAGAUUGUGUUGUCAAAGACCAUCAUUUCCUUCAGGUAUAUAUGACUGCUGUCAUUUGCCUAGUAACCUUUUAUGCUGGUUUUGUUAACCUCUUUUAUCUUCUUACUGUGUUGGUGGUAGCACGGCUGAGCUGUCUAAAUAGGUUUAGGAAUGGAUGGGAGAGCUUGUAAUGUUUUUGAUACCUUGGUUCCUGCGAUAGGAAGAAAGAUGCAAGCCUCCACUGGCUCUCUUUGAAGCUUA